GAGCCGCCGCCGCCGCCGCGCCCGGACCCCCCCGGACCCCCCCGGACCCCCCCGCCAGGGACCCCCCAGCCCCGGGGGGGCCUCCCGAGCCCGCCAGGAGCCGCCGGGAAUUCCGGGGCCAUGGACGUCGAGGGCUGCGGCUCCUCCUUCAUCGGCGGGAUUUGCUCCUCCUGGAAGCUUCGCCCCUCCAGCGCCUCCCUUCGCCCUGCGGGGAUCCCGCGCUGCUUCCCGGGAAUCCCGAUCCAGGAAUCUCCGGGAUUCCUCCCUCAAGGCCGCGGGGAUUCCCCCCUGGAGCAGGAAUUCCGCUCGGCCGUGGGGGGAGGGGCAGCCCAGAGCCCCCCCAGCCCCCGCUCGUCCCCGCGCUCCCCCGGCGGCUCCAUCAAGGUGGAGAUGUCGUCGGACGAGGAUUCCCGGAGCCGCGGAGCCGCCGAGGAUUCGCCCCCGGAGCCGUUCCCGGAUCCGCCCGGGAUUCGCCUUCCCAACGGGAAACUGCAGUGUGACAUCUGCGGGAUGCUGUGCAUCGGCCCCAACGUGCUGAUGGUGCACAAGCGCAGCCACACCGGGGAACGCCCGUUCCAGUGCCAGCAGUGCGGAGCCUCGUUCACUCAGAAGGGGAAUCUCCUGCGUCACAUCAAGCUGCACUCGGGGGAGAAACCCUUCAAAUGCCCCCUGUGCUCCUACGCCUGCCGGCGCCGCGACGCGCUCAGCGGGCACCUGCGGACGCACUCCGUCUCGUCCCCCACGGUGGGGAAGCCCCACAAGUGCAGUUCCUGCGGCCGCAGUUACAAGCAGCAGAGCAGCCUGGAGGAGCAUCGGGAGCGCUGCCACAGCUUCCUCAGGAGCCUCCCUGGCCAGAGCCCCGCACACACAGGAGAGGAAAUCCGGGAGCUGGACAUGGUGCCCGAGGCGUUGCUGCAUCCCGAGCGUCCCACCUUUAUCGAGCGCCUGGCGGGGAGCUUCACUAAGAGGAAACGAUCCACGCCGCAGAAAUUUGUGGGCGAGAAGCAGAUGCGCUUCGCCCUCUCGGACCUCCCUUUCGACGUGAGCCCGGCGUUCGACAAGGACGUGGAGGUGGUUCCAUCGCGCUCUCACGGCCUGGACCCGCCCUACUCCAGCCCCCUGUCCCUGCUGGGCGCCGGCGACGCCCUUCGGCCGCUCCGCCUGGCCACCAACUGCAUCACCGAGGUGACUCCGGUCAUCAGCUCCGUCUACACCCAGAUCCAGGCGCUCCCCGCCCGCCUGGAGCUGCCCCGCGGCCGCGACGACCCCGCCGAGCCCAUCCCCGUCAUCUUCCGCGGCGGCCGCGGCGAGGCCGCCUCGCCCUCCAACGGCUGCCAGGAUUCCACGGACACCGAGAGCGUGCAGGAGGAGCGGCCGGGAGGGCGGCACAGCCCGGCCUUCACCAAGGAGGAGCCCAAGGAGGAGCCCGAGGGGGCGGCUCGCUGCUUCCCCAAGGAGUCUCUGCGGGUGCUGAACGAGGAGGGGGAGCAGCUGCGGGCGUUCUGCUGCGAGCACUGCCGGGUGCUGUUCCUGGACCACGUCAUGUUCACCAUCCACAUGGGCUGCCACGGCUUCAGGGACCCUUUCGAGUGCAACAUCUGCGGCUACCGCAGCCAGGACCGCUACGAGUUCUCCUCGCACAUCGUGCGUGGUGAGCACAAGAUCUGAGCUGGGGGGGGAUGUGUCUUCCUCCUCCUCUUCCUCCUCCUCCUCCUCCUCCUCCUUCUCCGCGUCCCUUUCUGCCCCCAGCCCGGAUUGCCCUUCCCUGAGCGCAAAACGGGAGGUUGGAAAACUUCUCCAGCCUCAAAAUCCUCCUUUUUCCCUUGAUUUUCUGUUUUCCUCUCCCACCUUGUGCGCAAAAUGUGAGGUUGGAAAACUUCCCCAACUUCAGAUUCCCCUUUUUUCCCUGAUUUUCCCCUCCCAGUUCAAACUCAAAAUGUGAGGUUGGAAAACUUCUCCAGCCUCAAAAUCCUCUUUUUUCCUCGAUUUUCUUUCUCCCCUCCCACCCUGAGUGCAAAAUGUGAGGUUGGAAAACUUCCCCAGCCUCAAAAUCCCUUUUUUCCUUGAUUUUCUGUUUUCCCCUCCCACCCUGUGCGCAAAAUGUGAGGUUGGAAAACUUCUCCAGCCUCAAAAUCCCUUUUUACCUCUAUUUUUUUUCCCCUCCCACCCUGAGUGCAAAAUGUGAGGUUGGAAAACUUCCCCAACUUCAGAUUCCCCUUUUUUCCCUGAUUUUCCCCUCCCAGUUCCAACUCAAAAUGUGAGGUUGGAAAACUUCCCCAGCCUCAAAAUUCCCUUUUUCCCUUGAUUUUCUUUUUCCCUUCCUAUGUUGUGCACAAAAUUUGAGGUUGGAGAAAAAUCCAUCCCAGCCUCAAAUUCUCUUUUUUUUCCUGAUUUUCCCCUCCCAGUUCCAACUCAAAAUGUGAGGUUGGAAAACUUCUCCAGCCUCAAAAUUCCCUUUUUUACCUUGAUUUUCUUUUUCCCUUCCACCCUGAGUGCAAAAUUUGAGGUUGGAAAACUUCCCCAGCCUCAAAAUCCCUUUUUUCCUUGAUUUUCUUUUUCCCUUCCUAUGUUGUACACAAAAUGUGAGGUUGGAGAAGAAUCCAUCCCAGCCUCAGAUUCCCCUUUUUUUCCCUAUUUUCCCCUCCCAGUUCCAACUCAAAAUGUGAGGUUGGAAAACUUCUCCAGCCUCAAAAUCUCUUUUUUCCUUGAUUUUCUUUUUCCCUUCCUACAUUGUGCACAAAAUGUGAGGUUGGAAAACUUCCACAGCCUCAAAAUUCUCUUUUUUCCCUCCCAUUUUGUGCACAAAAUUUGAGGUUGGAGAAAAAUCCAUCCCAGCCUCAAAUUCUCUUUUUUUCCCUGAUUUUCCCCUCCCAGUUCCAACUCAAAAUAUGAGGUUGGAAAACUUCUCCAGCCUCAAAAUUCCCUUUUUUCCCCCUCAAUUUCCUCCUUUCUCCUCCCAUUUUCCCCUCCCACUUUGUGCACAAAAUCCGAGCUUGGAGAAAAAUCCCUCCCAGCCUCAAAUUCUCCUUUUUUCCCCUCAAUUUUUUCCUUUUCCUCCCUCCCAGAUCCAGCACAAAACCUGAGGUUGGGGAAAAAAAAAAAAAUAUUAAAAACCUCCCCCACCUCAAAUUCCCAUUUUUUUCCCCCAAAAUUUUCCCAUCUUUAGGGCAAGGAACUGUUGGGUUGUGUUUUGAUUUAUUUUUUUUUUUUAAUUUCUUUUCUACUCCUUUGCACUGACUUUGGCUAUAAAAAAAAAUAUUAAAAAAAGCAAAAAUAUUUUAAAAAAAUGACAGAAAAAAAAAUUAACACCCCAAAAAACCAGAAACUCACCCCAAAAAAAAAAAAUAAACCAACCCUGACUGGCCCAGGUGGAGCCUUUAAUUCUCCUUUUUAUAAAUGGAGUUAUUUAAAUAUUGAAUAGGAAAUGACUUUUUUUGUGCUUUUUGUUUUGCUUCCCCUCGUUAUUUAUUAAGCUUUUGAUAAUUCUUGGGGUUUUUCACCCCAAAAAAAAAAAGAAAAAAGAAAAAAAAAAAAAUAUAUAUAAGGCAAAAAAAAAUAAAGUCUCACUUGAAUUUUGGAGACUGUUCCCCCCCUUGCCCCUCCCUGCCCGUUCCUGGGCUAAAAGAACCUCAAAAUUCGGUGCUAAACCCCCCCGGGACCCCCCAAAACCCAACCUGAGCCCCCCAAAACUGGGGGGAGCUGCCCCAUCCCGAGCUUUAACUGGGGAACCCCCAAAUCCUUCCCCAAAAAUCCCAAUCCUUCCCCCAAAAAUCCCAAUUUUUCCCCCCAAAAAAUCCAAUCCUUUCCCCCAAAAAUUCCAAUUUUUUUCCCCCCAAAAUUCCA